AUGGAUGGCGAGAGAGAGGAAGAUGGAGGAGAGGGAGAGAGAGAGGAUCGGUCUGUUUCGGAGGAGCUUGAUGCUAUUCCUGCCGGUUCGCAGGAGGAAGAGCAUCUCAAUUUGGUGCAUGAAAUGGAGAGUACCAUUGAAUCUGUUGCUCAGUUUGGAGAUUUUCGAAGAACUCAAAAGAAAGAGUGCUACAGCCUUGUUAGGCGCAUGAAGCUUUUGUUGCCUUUUUUGGAGGAAAUUCGGGACCUUGAUCCCCCAAUUUCUGAAAACGGCAUUACGUGCUUGUGUAAUUUGAAGAAGGUGCUUCUAUUGGCGAAGAAACUGUUGAAAACUUGCAACGAAGGGAGCAAGAUUUUUUUGUCAUUGGAGAGUGAGGCUGCCAUGAUCAGAUUUCAUGCGGUUUAUGAAAAGUUAAGCCAAGCUUUGGGUGGAAUUCCAUUCGAUGACCUUGGGAUCUCAGAUGAAGUGAAAGAACAGGUUGAACUUAUACAUACCCAAUUGAGACGAGCAAAGAGGCGAACAGAUACACAGGACAUAGAACUUGCGGUGGACAUGAUGGUGGUAUUCUCCAAAACAGAUCCACGGAACUCUGAUAGUGCUAUAAUAGAAAGGCUAGCUAAAAAGCUAGAAUUACAGACCGUUGAGGACCUCAAGAUAGAAACUAUAGCUGUGAGAAACCUUGUUAAAGAAAGAGGAGGCCAAACAGCAGAGAGUACUCAGCAAAUAGUUGACCUUCUUAACAAAUUCAAAAGAAUUCUAGGCAUGGAGAUUACCAAUGUCCUUGACGAUCCUGUGAUGCCCAGAAUGCUGGAUAAGUGUGCAUCUUUGAUGAUCCCUCAUGAAUUCCUCUGUCCAAUCACGCUAGAAAUAAUGAAAGAUCCUGUCAUCGUUGCUAGUGGACAGACUUACGAGAGAGAAAGCAUACAAAAAUGGUUUGAUUCCAACCAUCGGACCUGUCCUAAGACAAGGCAGACUCUUGCUCACUUGUCAUUGGCACCAAAUUAUGCCCUCAGAAACCUAAUCUUGCAGUGGUGUGAGAAGAACAAUUUUAAGCUUCCCAAAAAGGAAGAUCCUUCAUCUUCAGAUUGCACCUCCGAGGAACAGAAAGAGGAAGUUUCGUCCCUGGUAGAAGCACUAUCUUCUUGUCAGUUAGAGGUGCAAAGAAAAGCAGUAAAACAAAUACGCAUGCUCUCCAAAGAGAACCCAGAAAAUAGAGUUCUGGUUGCCAAUGCAGGAGGAAUCCCGCCACUAGUGCAGCUUCUUUCAUACCCGGAUUCGAGAAUACAAGAGGAUGCUGUAACAGCUCUGUUGAAUUUAUCAAUUGAUGAGACUAACAAGAAACUAAUUUCUGGAGAAGGAGCCAUUCCGGCAAUAAUAGAAGUGUUGGAACAUGGAAGCGUGGAGGCAAGAGAGAACUCAGCGGCAGCAUUGUUUAGUUUGUCAAUGCUUGACGAGAAUAAGGUGACGGUGGGGUUAUCAAAUGGCAUUCCACCAUUAGUUGAUUUGCUGCAAAACGGGACAAUAAGAGGUAAAAAAGAUGCAGCGACUGCGCUGUUUAAUUUGUCUCUAAAUUCAUCAAAUAAAGCCAGGGCCAUUGAUGCUGGCAUUGUUCCACCUUUACUAACUUUACUCAAGGACAAGAAUUUAGGCAUGGUUGAUGAGGCCCUUUCCAUAUUUUUGCUUCUUGCGUCUCAUCCGGAGGGUCGACACGAGAUUGGACAGCUCUCCUUCAUCGAAACUCUGGUCGAGUUCAUCAGGGAAGGGACCCCCAAGAACAAGGAAUGUGCAACAUCAGUUCUUCUCGAGCUGGGUUCAUCCAAUUCCUCGUUUAUACUGGCAGCACUUCAGUUUGGGGUGUAUGAGCAUUUGGUUGAGAUCACAAGCACCGGAACCAACAGAGCCCAGAGGAAAGCAAAUUCCCUUCUACAGCUGAUCAGCAAGUCUGAACAAAUUCCAUGAACGUGAAUCAUUCUUUUUCUCUUUGAUUUUUAGGUCCAUUCUUUGUUUGUCUUCAUCGUGACAAGCAUUUGUAUUCCUUG